AUGAGGCCAAAGAGAAACGAUGCAGCGAUUGACAACGCGCACAACGAAGAGGCACCGGCAGGCGAAGAUGAACCACUAAAUGUGCUGCAAUCGGAUGGUGUUGAAACGGAAGACACGGAUGAAGAAGACAACGAAGAGGAACGCUUUCGGACACUAUCUUCUGAGGAUGACGAUGAACCGGAAAGCUGCCGGACCUGUUUAUGGGAGAGAGAGAGAGAUAGCGGGGUAGAGAGAAUCAUAGAACCGGGAGAUCCAGAAAUACUGAGUGAAAAGAUUGAUGGACAGAAGGUCCGGGCAGAAGAGGACGACGAGGUGGAGCCCAGGGAUGAUGUACUUGGGGACCGUGCUUUGCGCUUCUUUGCAGCAUUCGGUCUAGAAGACGAUGACCAGCCAUGGUGGGCUUUCGCGCCUUUGGCGUGCUCAGCAGAACGGACCUUAGAGGGAGAGGAUGGAUGUUUUGCCCGUAUCUCUUGUGGCACAGCACCUUCGGGCUGCAGCACCGGAGGGACAGUGGAAGAAACAUCUGCAGAAGACGACGCUGUAAAAAGAACACAUCGUAAUGGAGUUCAUUUAGAUCUACUCAAAACGUGGUGGCACAAUCGAAAUUCAAAGAAAACCAGUGGAUGGAAAUACAGCAUUCAUCUGAACAAAGGCGAUUCACGAGCGGCCUCGACUACAAUAUUUUCGUGUUCCGGUUGCACGCCGUCCACUGCUCACAGUUAUCGGCCUCAGGAAGCGGAGUCGACACGCCUACUUAAGUGUAUAUCCACACCUGAACCACCAGCCGAUGAACAAAUGUUACAGCAGCGAACGGACGACAAUAGCACACACCGAAGGCGAAUCAACGAUCUUCCGUCCGGUUGCGUUCACAACGCGAUGUUUCUCGGUCGUGAUCGGUUGUUCCUCUCUCGUGGAGACAGUGGAACACAGAGCAGUGUCCCCACCACGGUUAUUCCCAGAAACGGCCGAGACGUCUGCACAAUUCAGUUCCUCGGAUUGCCCACCUUCAAGAGCAAGCAACUGAUAGCGGAGCCGUAUGAAGUGGGCCAAAACAAAUGUGUCUGA